AUGUCUGCUCUGAGAACGGUAUCGGGAUCUUCUGGCAACGGUAAGAGUUAUGACUCUAUUAUGAAGAUUUUACUGAUUGGUGACUCUGGUGUUGGUAAGUCAUGUCUUUUGGUCCGUUUUGUCGAGGACAAGUUCAACCCAUCCUUCAUUACAACCAUUGGUAUUGAUUUCAAAAUAAAAACUGUUGACAUCAACGGCAAGAAAGUGAAGUUACAGUUGUGGGAUACUGCUGGACAGGAGAGAUUCAGAACUAUUACCACUGCUUACUACCGUGGUGCUAUGGGUAUUAUCCUAGUUUAUGAUGUGACUGAUGAGAGAACGUUUGCAAACAUUAAGCAAUGGUUCAAGACUGUUAACGAGCACGCAAACGAUGAAGCCCAACUGCUGCUAGUCGGUAAUAAGAGUGAUAUGGACACUAGGGUGGUGACAUAUGAGCAAGGUGAAGCAUUGGCCAAGGAACUUGGUCUGCCAUUCAUAGAGUCCAGUGCAAAGAAUGACGAUAACGUCAACGAGAUUUUCUUCACUUUGGCAAGAUUAAUACAGGAGAAGAUUGACAGUAAUAAGCUAUCUGGUCCAAACAGUGGUAAAGACGGUAAUAUCAGCAUCAACGCAAACAAGGGCGAUUCCUCCAAAUCAAACUGUUGUUAA